CCCCCCUCACGUGACCACAAACAGAAGCCGGGCAGGUUGUUGACAUGUUGCCUAGCAACCGUGAGGCGUCCCUGGAAGCGUGUUGGUGUUAGCGACAGAGUGAGGCAGUGUCCCGCCCUCCCAGCCAGACCCCUCACAGGAGCCUCCAUAGGCAACAGGAGGGGCCUAUAUAUUUAAUUCCUGUCCCCCACAAAGGUGCCUGGGGACAUGGUGGCAGAGAAAGAUGGUUCGAGCCCCCCGAAACUCACUAAAGAGAGACCCCAACAACAACAGCAGCCACUGGGGCAGCUGAGGAGAACCAAGCAGCAGGUCACCGAUGGAUUCACUGUUAAAGCCAUGAUGAGAAACACUGUGGUAAGAGGACCCCCAGUUGCAGGAGCAUUUAAAGAAAGACCAACAAAGCCUACAGCAUUUCGCAAGUUUUAUGAGCGAGGAGACUUCCCAAUUGCCCUUGAGCAUGAUACAAGAGGAAAUAAAAUAGCCUGGAAGGUGGAGAUUGAGAAACUGGACUAUCAUCACUAUCUGCCUCUGUUUUUUGAUGGGCUUUGUGAAAUGACAUUUCCCUAUGAGUUUUUCGCUCGGCAAGGAAUCCAUGACAUGCUGGAACAUGGGGGAAACAAGAUUCUUCCAGUCAUUCCUCAGCUCAUUAUCCCAAUAAAAAAUGCACUGAACCUUCGUAACCGACAGGUCAUCUGCAUCACGCUCAAAGUCCUCCAGCACCUGGUAGUGUCAGCUGACAUGGUGGGGGAAGCCUUGGUGCCCUAUUAUCGUCAAAUCCUCCCCAUCCUAAACAUCUUUAAGAAUAUGAAUGUGAAUUCAGGAGACGGUAUUGACUACAGCCAGCAGAAGCGUGAAAAUAUUGGAGAUUUGAUUCAAGAGACACUGGAAGCUUUUGAGCGCUAUGGUGGAGAAGACGCUUAUAUCAACAUUAAAUACAUGGUCCCUACCUAUCAGUCGUGCUUGUUAAACUAACAGAUAGGACAGUUGUGUCAACGGGAUGAUUCCAUUUGUAUUCUCAAAGGCUAUAACCAAUUCUGUAUAAUAUCGUGUUGUUCAUGCUUUCUUCCUCUACAGCUGCUAAAGUAGUGGCUUCUGGACCAUUAAACUGCUAGCACUGUUGUGAACAAGUCUUUCCAAUACAUAAAUAGUGCCUGUUCCUUAGAUUACAA